GGGAAGAAGAAUAAAGUAAAAGAGAAAAGGAAAAGAACAGAAUAGAAGAUUAAAAGAAAAAGAAAAAAAAGGGUAUCGGAGAGGCUUCAAAUUGAAACGGAAGUACCGCCAUUCGUUUUGGAGGGAGAAGAAUAGAAUUAGGCUUUGCUAGGGUUUCCGCGGGCCUUCUUUCCAAUCCUCCAUCUCUUCCUCUCUAUCGGAAUUCGUGGUUGGCCCGAAGAUGGAGCCCGUUGGAUUGCUCAUGGAUAAGAUCAAAGGGUUCGCAAAAGCUGGCGAGGGCUUUGUGAAGGCUGGGUUCCAGAAAAGCACCGAUUUCUCCACCCAAAACCCAGUGGAGAUAUUGAAGCGUUUGCAUCGAGAAGCAUUUUCUGACUUAGGGAAGCUACGGGACGGGCAGGAAAAAGUGGAAAGCAUGCUUUCUGUCUAUAAAUUUACCAAAGGAUUUCCAUUCCUGGAAGCCAAAACACAAAUAAAAGGAUUUCUUGAUGUGGUUGGAGUUAUGUUGCUUGCUGGAAAUGAUUUCCAGCAUGCUUGUGGUGCCUUGGAUAGAGCAAGAAUAAGAAUAGGCAUUGAUUCAAAGUUUAUUUUUGAGACGGUUGUGAGACAGAAAGAUGCUCUAAUAGCUGAGAUUGCAACUAGUCAAAAAUGCUGGGUCCACGACAGUGGGAGGUCUGAAAUUCCUCUGACACUUUCAUCAUUGAUGUAUCUGGCAAAUAUCAAUGACUGGCUAUCUGUUAUUUCAGUUCCGUUAGGUGCUCGAUGCAGCAAUUUUGGAAUUGGCUCAAAUAUUUUGCAGGGGCAUCGUCGUGCUGGGAUUUCAUCAUUUGGACCCUCUCUAUUCGGUCAGUGUCAUAGUUGUGCUGCUGGUUUACUUGUUAAAGGAUCAAAUGUUGAAGCUUGUUUAGCCGGAUUGGUUUCUGGGCAGGGGAUGCAACAUAGUGCUGAUGGUAAUAGGAGUUGCUGGAGCACAUUUGCACAAGUUGCCUAUCAACCACUUGAAGAAAUUAAAAUGACUUUAUCUGGUCUUUGGCAAAUGCCUAUAUCACCAUGUCCGCUGAUCAAACUUGGUCCAUUUGCUAUUCCAUUGGGCAGUUUAAAGCAGCAGACGGGCUCUGAUGUACAGAUGCAAGCACCUCCUAAUGCCACUACAAGGAAUACAGUAGAUUCUAUCUCAUCUGGAUCCAUUGCUUUGAUGCUAGAUUCAGAGUUUGAUGAAAGUACCAGACUUGGUGGUUGGAUUGAGGUUCAGAAAUCUAGCCAUAAUUUCUUCCAGUGGGGCAUCUCUUUAUCUGAUACCCCAGGCGAUGAGCUAGGAUAUGGUUUGAGAAUAGGAGGGACUGUCAAAGGACAUUUAAAUCAGUUCCAGUUGGAAGGAUUUCUUAAUUACAAUCUUGGUAGGAGCAUUAACUUGCAACCAGGUCUUGUAUAUGUGAUGGAGGGGAUGACCCCAUCUCUUGCACUGGUGUUUCGGUCAAGCUGGUCUAUGUGAUUAGUCAGAACCUUAUUAUCAUCAUGCAAGAUAUAUGCCGGAAAGUGGUGGCCCCAGCUUGCCAAAGAAGUUAAUUUCUUUUGCACCAGAUUAGGCUGAUUCUGUUUUUUAAUUUAAGUGUAUAUUUCUCUACUUCUUUUCUCUAGGAUUCUUAUGAUAGAUGACAAAGUACAAGAGAUAAAAGGAAAAGAAUGAUUUCAUUCUGUAUAUGUUGGGCAUUCAGAGUGGAUUCCUGGUAUUUUUGUCCUCUGAUAUAAUUAGCAUUACUGCCAUCUUGUUCCCUAUUGUCGUGGAAAGAUAUAGAGUAUAUUUUUAUCUUGUAU